UCUCAGGUCACAGCCUGUCGGGUUUCAGCCGCACCGCUCAGGGCGAAGUUUGCCCGCUCCAAGGUUUUGCGUGGAGGCAACAAUAAGUGUCCCCGCCUAUAUGUUUAGAGUAGCUGCUGUCCUACCAGCCCGCAGCGCGGCGCGGCUGAGUCUCCAGGUGUGCGCUGCGGGGGGUAGUGGCGUGUGUUCCUGAAGCCUCCCCACUCUCGCCGGGUCGCUCAGGAGGACUGCACACGCCCCCGCUGGCGAGGAGAAUUAAGUGUUACGUGCGUGGACCGGCUUUCUAAUCUCUGAUCUCUUGGAUUAUACUGAUGGACGGGACUUAACGUGUCCAUGUUUCCCCGUUAGCGCUAUUUUACGCACCACUUUGCGUUUGCUCCCUAAAAAUGGAUUAAUCCCCAGAUUAUUUUUUUAUUUUAUUUUUUUUUUGGGUGAGGGUAGAGGAGUGGGAGGCGUUUGCCAUAUUUUUAUUUUCACUCUUCAGGUUUUUGUGGAUUACUACGGGAUUUGUAUGAUGCCGAAUAACGACGAUGAGCUUUUUGUCUCUGGAGCGAGUGGAAGCGCGUUGGAUUAGGAGCCAGAAACUCCCCAAAGCUCUUGGAGAAGAUCUACCCGUUUAUUCCUGGGACGCACUUUGAGUUUUUUUGUUUUGUUUUGUUUUUUUUUCUUCACCUUCACACACCGAUGGAGAACGAGCUGAGACCCAGGCUUUGCUUUCUGAUCAAAGGACAGCGCGGAUAUGGCUUCCACCUGCACGGAGAGAAGAAGAAAGGCGGACAGUUCAUCCGCACAGUGGAGCCUGGCUCCCCUGCUGACCUGGCCGGGCUCCGGCCGGGGGAUCGACUGGUGGAGGUGAACGGGGAGAAUGUGGAAAAAGAAAGUCAUCAUCAGGUGGUGAACCGUAUCUGUGAGACGCCCCACCGCACCAGGCUGCUGGUAGUAGACAGAGAAACGGAUGACUUUCUGCGCAGCCAGGGCCUGGCCUGCACAGAGGACCAGGCCAUUGAAAUGGGGAACCUCUCCCCACGCCCGUCCCCCAAUAUCACGCCCUCAGCGUCCCCCGUACCAAGAGAGGGCUCCCCGCUGUUUCUCAAAUCCAACUUUAGAUACUUAUUCCAUUUUCCUGCUGCAGACUCACCCACUCAGGUAUCCUCUGAAAACAAAGAAACGAGAACCUCGACGACGUCGAGUUCAGCGCCAGACACCGAGGUGGAGCCGUCCCCUGAGCCGACGGUGGAGCUGCUCCCUCGUCUGUGCCGCCUGGUGAAGGGGGAGAACGGCUACUGCUUCAACCUGCAGAGCGAUAAGAAGAAAGGCGGUCAGUUCGUCCGCUCUGUGGACCCCAACUCACCAGCAGAGAGAGCUGGCCUCCGAACUGGAGACAGAAUAGUGGAGGUAAAUGGCGUAAACACGAAGGGUCUGCGGCACUCGGAGGUGGUGGCGCUCAUCAGAUCUAGAGGGGAUGAAGUCAGCCUUCUGGUGGUCGACCAGGAAACAGAUGAACUCUUCCGCAGACUGGGAAUUACCCCAACCAUCACCCACAUUAAAGAGGUCUACGUGGAUGAAAGACGUGCAGAAAGCACCCCGCCGACCCCGUCCCCGACCACUGAGCUCCCCGCGUCGGACGCGCCUGUCAUAAGCGUCACUCUGACAGACUCUGACAUCGCCAACACGUCUCCGAAACCCCGAGCCAACGGCAGCUCGGCGUCUCACUCCUCCAGGAGCUCCACCACCCAGUCAGAGGUCAGCAGCUCAGACAUGAGCUUCCAGGUUCCUGAAGAUGACGACAGCCGCAUUUCAGACCCCUUCAUGGAGAACGGCCUGCGCCUGAGUCCCACUGCUGCUGAGGCGAGACAAAAGGUCCUCGCCACCCGCAACAAGAAGAGAGCGCCCCCUAUGGACUGGAGCAGGAAGCAGGAGCUCUUCAGCAACUUUUGAACCGAGAAAUUUUAAUGAACCUGCACUAUUUAUACCAAAAAACAAACUCUUCCAUCUUUUACACUUGUGGACAGAAAUAUAAAUAAAAGGUAGUUACUGUUUAGUGUGAAAUCAGUCCAUAAUAUCAAAUAUUAUUCUCAAUGUGAACAGUUAACUUCAGUGAGACUCUUUAAUGAGAUGCCUAGUUAAAGCUGGCAUGGGAAAGAAACUACAACUCAUCACUCAGCUGAUUCUAAGCUUUAAAACUCCAAUAAGCAUAUUUCCUGUUCAACAAAGAGUAUAUGCACAUGCAAAAGCUGCUUUAGUGCACGAAGGUCUUGCGGGAUAAGGAGCAGAUCUUGUGAUGUCAACAGCUUUAGUGCAAGGACAUCAAACAGAAGAAACUUUUCUAAAGGAAUAUUCAAAUAAGUUGCAUCUGAACCACGGAAAAUUUCUUUUAGGACCUGAUCUGUGUCGAGAACUUUUACAGGCUUGCCGUUUUUCUCUGUAAUCUGUCAGCAGCUGAUUUUAUUUUUCUGUUACUGUGUAAGUCUGUUGUAAAAAUAUGUGAAGGACAUUCAUAACAAAAACAGGAAGUAAGCAUGCAACUUUAUGUCGUAUAACGGUUGUAUUAAUAGCAGAAAAUUUCCAACAUCAGUUUAGAUGAAACUUUGUUGACAUAUGUUGGUAAGAAGAACCUAUGAUUUAUGUCAAAUACAACAUUUUUCCGUAAUAGAUGCUGUGUAACUUUAAAUGUGCACACAGAACGAAUAAUUAGUCUAGUUUAUAAAAUAAAUAACGACUGAUCACAUUUAGUUAGUAUGUUUUGAAUGGUAAUACUGUUAAAUUAGUUCUUUUUAUUACACAUUUCAUUUGAUUUUUCAAAACAUUUCUCCAUCUUCCUUUGGCUUAAACAUUUAACGGUGUGAAUAAACCUUUAGAAUCU